AGUCACAAGAAGAUAGUGCAAUACACAACAAAGAAUAUUAUCGAGUGAUUAUAUCUUCCUAAUUCAUAUUCCGUUCUUGGUCCGCCAUCUGAUCGGGUUAAUCCCAUCAUUGGUGCUUUCAUUGAGAGAAUACUGUGAGAUAAGGCUGUGAGAUUAUGGCCGGACGAAGGACGAGACGUAACCUUGCUACUUCUGCCCAGUCGACGGUGAGGAGUGACAACCCUGAGCAGGGUAUGAUUGUUCCUGUCAAUGGGUUGGAAACGGCGCUAAAUAAUGUGGCUAACAUGAUGGCCAACAUUAUGGAGCGAUUGGAUAAGGCUCUUCCAGGUCCAUCCGGAACCCGGGAUAUCCCACCCGGGCAACCCCGCCAGGUCCUGCGUACUGCGAGUUCUCCUAUCCUACAGGAACUCCACGAUCCGGAGGAGGUUGAAAGGGAAAGGCAAGCCAUUGACAGACGCCGGGCGGAGGAAUUGGCCCGGAACAACAAGAAAGCUCACGUUAGUGAGAGGCUGGGGAAGAAUCCGGAAAAGGCACCCCAGGGUUGGAUACGACCUCAGGCCAGCCAGGUGGCAUCCUCCAAUCGCGAACCCCGGCAGCGGAAUGACCGAGGCGUGAGCCAAGUGCCAGUCCGGUCGUUGCGGAAUCUGGAGGAGGAUGAGGUUCAAAGCCAGGCCAGGGUCCCAGCACCAAGGCGUCUAGGACCGCCGUUGCCGGAAGCUGAGAUUUUUGCGGAACCAUAUCCGCAGGGAUUCAAAAUGCCAUUUGUCAAGCGUUAUGACGGCGAAUCAGACACCCAAGAGCACAUAAAUAGCUAUGUCCAAGUGAUGAUCGCCGUGGACGCCAGUGACGCACUCAUGUGUCGGAGCUUCUUGCAGACCGUUGAUAGCAAGGUUGCAGACUGGGUCAACCAUAUCCCUGCCGGAUCCGUCCGAACAUGGGAUGAAUUGGGACUACGGUUCCUAGAGCAUUUUGCUGGGAACUGCCGCCCCAAAAAGCAUUUCACUCACUUGGCAUCAGUGCGACAGAAGCAUGGAGAAUCCUUGAAGAAUUUCCUUAUCCGAUGGAGGAAAGAGUCCAGGGAGGUUGAAGGAACAGAUGAUAAGUCCAGGUUAGCUAUGUUCACGGCAGCAUUACAGGAUGGACUCCUCCACACCGAUCUCACUACACAUCCCCCGGAUACCUUCGAAGAAGCGAUGGUCCGGGCUGGGAGGUAUGUGACCCUGGAAGAAAGAAAGGAGGAGAAGAAAGAGAAGACUCCUAAAGAAGAAGAGAAGUCGGGAACAAAGAAGCCGUUUAAGAAUAAGAAGCAGGGCUUCCCGGAUGGCCCAAAGGGCGCAAGCCCCGGGACCUCGGAGAAGCAUAGAUCUGCCAAUCCAGUCUUUACACUGCCAGUGGCUGAGGUCAUGGCCCAUGCGGCAGAGCAGGGGCUCAUGACUUACCCAACUUAUUCUCAGAAGGUUUGCAAUGUGGAAGACACUAGAAAAUGGUGUGCUUACCAUCGCAAAAAUGAUCACAACACAAAAGAUUGUUAUACUCUGAAGAAUGAGAUGGCAAGGCUGAUCCGCCGGGGACAUCUGAAGAAGCUUGUACAAGAUGGUGACGCCAGGAAUCCCGGGAAUGCUCAGAAUGGAAAAUGCAGAGAUAAAGAAGUAGCCCAGGCUGAGGCCCGGGAGAAACGCCACAUUGGACUAGAAGACGAAGAGGAGGAUUCGGAACCCGCGCCGCAUCGCCAGAAGAGACACCACGGGUGUAACUUCAUCAUUGGAGGGAAUACUGGUGGGAACUCGGCCACAAGCCGGAAGAAGUGGGCUAACGCGGCAAUGGUCAACAAGGUGCUGGUCCCGGAAGGUAAGAAGUUGAAAGCCGAGCCUAUUGUGUUUUCUAAUGCUGAUCUUCUAGAGACAGGGGUCCCUCAUAGGGACGCCCUGGCAACCAAACAGCCCAUCAAAUACGAUACCCAAGUGGGAGAGGUCACUGCACAGCUCAUGAGGGCUGAGGAAAAACGUCCCAGAGUAGAAGUUGCCGGCGACAUCGAAGAAGUGGAAUUGGAGCCAUGCACGCCGGGAAGGGUUGUCAGGAUUGGUAAGGGCCUAGGGGCUGAACUCAAGUCACGAGUGAUUUCAGUCCUCAGGAGGUUCAGAAGGGUCUUUGCAUGGAGUCCAGCUGAUAUGCCAGGGCUGGAUCACAAGAUUGUUGUUCAUCGCCUAAAUGUUCUGCCGGAGGCCAAACCGGCUCACCGGAUUAUUGUCCUCACCAAAGAGCCAUUGGCGUCACUUAGCUGGAGCCCGGCGGCAUCGGCCCGGAUGACCAAGUGGGCGGUCUUUAUCAGUCAGUACAACGUGGAAUUCAGGCCGCGCCCAUCCAUCAAGGGGCAAGCACUCGCCGACUUUCAAGUCGAGUGCACCACUAGGGAGAUGACAAGAGCCCGGGUUGAAACCCGGAUGGAGAAAGACUGGUGGAUAAUGAGCAUCGACGGAUCUUCUGGAUCUCGAUCUUGCGGAGCAGGUAUCGUCUUGAUCACCCCAGAAAAUUUCCGGAUUUAUUACGCCAUGAGAUUUCAGUUCCGUGUCUCCGACAAUGAAGCUGAGUAUGAGUCCCUGAUCAAUGGGGAGUUUGAAGCAAAGGAAGAGAGGAUGAAGAGGUAUCGGGACUUGUCUCUAGAGAUGUUGGGAAGGUUUGAGUUUAAGCUUGAACAUAUACCCCAGGCCCAGAACGCAGAGGCCGAUGUUCUAUCCAAGCUCAGCGCAGAAUCACCGGAAUACAUAAGCAGAUUAGCAACUGUUGAAGAGCUGGUAACCCCGAGUCUUAGCAACAAUGAGGUGAUCUGGGUAUCAGCUGAUCCCCCGGAAUGGUUGGACCGAUUGGCCAAAUACAUUGAGGACGGUGAAGCCCCGGAGAAUCCCCAGGAAGCGCGUCUAUUACGAAUGAGGGCACCAACCUACAAGGUGCAGGACGGAGUCCUCUAUAAGAGGUCUUACAACGGUGUCCUACUCCGUUGCCUUAGAGCAACAGAGGCGAAGGCAUUGAUGGAACAAAUACACGAAGGAGUAUGUGCCGCACAUCAGGGUCCUUAUUCCAUUUCCAGGAGGGCUAUCAUCCAGGAAUAUUUCUGGCCAACGAUGAGGAAGGAUUGCGAAGAGUAUGUACGCAAGUGCCUGACUUGCCAGCAUUUCCAGAAUAUACCCGGGAGACCAGCCACUAACUACACACCCAUCAGCUCCGUGAUUCCCUUCUCAAGAUGGGGGAUUGAUCUUGUGGGAGCCCUGCCAAAAGGGCCGGGGCAGGCAAGGUGGAUUGUGGUGGCGAUAGACUAUUUCACAAAGUGGGUAGAGGCUGAGCCACUUGCAGGGAUCACCGGAAGGCAGAUGAUCGACUUCGUUGGGACUAAUAUACUCUGCAGGUUUGGAGUCCCGAAGCAGAUCAUAUCAGAUAAUGGAACCCAGUUUGAGGAAGCAGAAUUUCAAGACUUUCUCAAAACUUGGGGAAUUCAGCACACGAAGGUGUCUGUUGCGUACCCUCAGGCUAAUGGACAAGUGGAGAACGUCAACAGAACAAUCAUAGACGGAAUAAAGAAGAAGCUACUUUCAGAAGGAAGCAAAUGGGUAGAUGAACUGCCCAGAAUCCUGUGGACAUACAGGACGACUCCGAGGAGAGCCACGGGUGACACUCCUUUUGGCUUGGCGUAUGGUUUUGAGGCCCGGGCUCCUGCCGAGGUAGUAAUCCCCACCAGGAGAGAGAUGGAAUAUGACCCGGAGGUGAAUGAACAGAAUCAGGCCGUAGAGCUGAAUUUCGUAGAAGAACGAAGGGAUGAAGCACGUAUCCGGGCAGAAAGUUAUCGUCGCCAGGUGAAAUCUUACUUUGAUAGCAGGGUGAAACCAAGGGCAUUCCAGGUGGGGGAUUAUGUUCUGAGGAAACGAGAGAAGAGUCAACCAACUAAAGGUGGGAAGCUGACGAAGAAGUAUGAAGGACCUUAUAUCAUCAAGGCCGUAGUUCGCCCAGUACAAGGCGAAGUCCUGGAGGGUCAUGGAGUCCCAGUCUAUCUCCCUGGAGGGAAGCCUGGGUGGACUGGGAGGAGAUGGUGCAGGAAGACGGGUCGCCGGAUAAAGCCUCGAGAACUCGCCGGGACUCAACCCGGCCAUGUCGUUGGACUGGGCUGGGGAGAUGGGGAGGUGGCUGUCCAUGCAACUGCUGAGGGGAAGGGGAACUCUGAGAAGAAGGCCUCGCACCGGAGACCAGCCGGGAAGCUCCUGAGUGGGGAUUGCGUCUCUUCUGUGGACGAGAAGUGCCAGGACAGCCAGAAGAGACUUCAGCCCUGGCACUGUUAGGAAGCACGCUGGGACCCGAAGGGAUACUCCCCGAGACCUGUUGGGGGAGAUGAGGGUUAUUCUCCUCCCUGGGAAAGGGGGAGGUUACCG